AUGAGUAUUUUAGUGAGAGUGGAAGGAGCUUCAAAGGAUUUAAGGAUUAUGUACCCAGAACCUGAGGAGAUUCAACUAAACUUCUGUACAUUAAUAGAUUUAGAAUUUACAAGUUUUUCAAACAAAGAGGAAGUGAUUGUUUAAUUUUAGUUAAAUGAUGUUGUUGCUCUCAAAAUUCAAACCUAAGAGGUUUUACUUUAAUUGGAUUCAACAAGGAAACGAUUCAUGCUUCAAUGCUUGGUAUAUCCUGGAGAACAAAUGGUCUGGGUAUCUUGCAUGAAUAACUAUGUUGUGACAGAGAAAUCUCUUUAUCAUGCCUUGAUGGGCAAAAAACCUCAAUUAGAAACAAUUACAGAAGAGGAUGACCCUGCUAGUCCAAUUAAAAGAAAGCCUGGAAAAGAAAACAAACCAAAUGGAUAAAAAUAGAGUCACUCUAAAAAAAUAUCUCCUGGGAAAACAAAAAGUCCAAAAAAGAAGGAUCAGUCUACAAGUACAAGUAAAUUAUGAAAUAUAGAAAGGACAAAAAAGAGUACUCUGCGUUGGUCCCAAUCCAUGGUACAAACUCCUAAAUCUCCCCUGAAAGGAGACUAUGUUGAUGCCUUGCUCGCUUAGUUAAUUCAAUAAAACAAUCGAAAGAGUAAAUCGAGAAAGAGAAGACCCUCCACCUCAUAUCCUCUGAGACCUAAGAUUGAUAGUGAAGGAAUGAUAGAUAGGUAAUGGUUGGAAGAAGAAAUGAUAAACGAAGAUUUGUGA